AGUACCAUCUGUCUUUGACAAGUGUUUGGGUUACCACUAAACGAGUCAGGGUUCUACCUCAGUGACUCACCGUUGGUACCGUCAAUUUACACUGAAACACAGGAUUCACCUGUUCGUAACGCCACGGAUUUUAUUUGUUGAUUCAACUAGAUUAUCUCUAAAAAGAGUUUUUGACUACGCUGUUAUUUCAGGUAGAUAAGAGGAAAUCAGUAAUAAUUUCGAUAGAUACGUAGUGAAUUCGAUUAGUUAUCUAUUUAAAAUAUUUUUGAUGGCUUUGAUAAUUAUGUUUAAAUUAAAUACAAGGUUAUAUCGAACGAAUUAUUUUAUUUCAUAUUUUUUAGACAAUUUAAGUUUAUUAUCGUUGACUCAAAUAUUUUAAUUAUCCAUUAAAUUAAGUAGUAAACCAUAUUUAAAACAACAAAUUUUUUGAGUUUUAUUUCAACAAUAAUUGGAUUAAAAAUGGCGUUGGCUAUCAGCACCACCUAUACUAUAAAAGCAGUACUAUUAUUUAGAAAACAAUUUAAUUGAUAAAAAUAUUUCAAUUUUUCUUUUUCUGGCUAUGUAAUAAACCAUAUUUACAACAAUAAGUAAAAAUACAGUAAAGUUGAGAUAUCUUGCGAUCUAUUUCAAUAAUAAUUGGAUAAAAAAUGGCGCUUACAUUCAUUACCAUCUAUAGCAUAUAAUUAGUACUACUAGUUACCGUCUUCGUGUCGCUAAUAUCGCAGAGUAGGUAUUGACAGCAGUUGAUAGGUAACAAAUGCAAGUAACCUAAAUUAGUAAUAAUUAAAAAAACAUAUGAAGUUAUAUUUAAUUUUAUAUAAAUGUAAAUAAUUACAUUAUUUUCAAAUUUAAUAGAACUUGAUUGAUUCUGAUCUAUUUAGGAAAUGUUCAAUUCAUAAAUAUAACCCAAAUCAAUUGUAAACAUGUCGUUAGCAAAUAAUGUCGUACUGGAAAAUGGAGAGCAAUAUAUACCCGCUUCUCAAAGACCUGACGGUACUUGGAGAAAAGCUAGACGCGUUAAAGAAGGUUAUGUACCACAAGAAGAAGUUCCAUUAUAUGAAAGCAAAGGAAAACAAUUUAUGACUAGAAAGAAUGAUCCGGUUAUAUUAGCUACCGGGCAAGUUGCCAAAAAAGCUACUAUACCCGGUUUGUAUAUCGUGGAUGAUGAUGUUGGUGAAAAAAAGAAAAAAUCCAAGAAAAAAAUUGAAGAAGUAGGGAAACUUUUAAACAGUGUUAAGCUGACAGAUACACCGAAACAAAAAGACGCCAAACCAAUUAAAAAAGAACAAAAAAACGAAGGCGGGGAUCCAGAAAAGAAAUUGAAAAACUUGAAGAAGAGGUUACGAGAAGUAGAAUCUCUUGAAGAAAAAAUCAAAAACGGUACAUUAGCCAAGCCUGAACCAGAACAAUUAGUUAAAGUUAAAAGAAAAAACGAUCUCAUCCUUCAAAUUCAUGAAUUAGAAAAGCAGUUGCAAUAAGGUUAGUGUGGUAUAUUUACUGGGUUCUAAUGUCAAUUUUGUGAAAUGAAAUACAAGAUUUAGUGAUUACUUAAUUGAAAUUGAUAUAUUUUUUGAUGAUUAAUCAUUUUCUUUUAGUUAUAGCUGAUUUUGUAAAGGGAUUAUUUGAAAUUUUCAUUGUUGCAGUACUCAGUAUUCUGAUAUCUAGAUUCAGGAAAAAUUUUAUCAAAAAAUUGAUGACUUUCUUUUUUUAUGUAAUUUUGGCUUUCGUAAGUCAAAGCUUGACCAAUAUGUUCAUUUACUAAGACAAUUCAUUUAUCAGAUAUAUUAUUUUGACUUUACAUUGGUGAAAUUGUGACCUAGCUGCAUUGUGCUUCAUAGUUACCAAGUCUUAUACUUCGAAUGCUCCUGAGGGAUUUCUUCUGUUCCUUGACAUAACCAUGUAUUUUGUCUUCGACUCAUUAAUGGUGAGGCCCUACCUAACACCAAGAGGUGUCUUGUGGUAUCUAUAAGUUAUCCUGUUGUUAACCUUUAUCUCAAGGACUGUUUCAGUUAUUUAUUUAGCAAUAUUUUCCAAAAAUGUCCACCAUUCCACUUUAUACACUUGAUUAACUUUAUUUCUUGAAUAUUUUGAUAAAAACAGCAACAUAACAUUAACAUCACCUAAAGUCAAGCAGUCAAACCUCUUGAGUUUUUGAAGUCAACCAGUACUAGCUUGGAAAUCGAUUCUUUUUUUAUAUAAAAUCCUUCCAGAAAUUGUAGUGAUAGAAGGAAAACUGAUGAAAUAGAAAAAAUUACUGCUUUCAAUUUAUAUAUUUUAUUUUAUGAUGAUUUUUCUUGAUAUAGGUCUAAUUCGAUCGAAUUAAUUUUGAGAAAGACCGAUAAAAUGAAUUUGUACUAAACUUCAAAGUUUUCCUAUUUCAGGGCCCUCCAAUCUUGAUACAUAAUAACCCAUUAAGUAACCUUUAAACUAAAAUCUUCCAAUUCAAUUUUUUAAUAACAAUGAAUUAUUUCCUCAAAUUUUAUAUAUUAUCAGAUCUAAUAUUACAAAUUUUGUGAUUUUUCUUCCUUGCAUGUGUUAAUAUUUAUAUUUUUAAUAGUCUAUUAGGAAGUUAAGUUCGUAUUAUGGAUGAAAUAAAAUUGUAAUUGCUUUAUAUUAAUUAAUAUCGUUACCAAUUGAGGCAUGGGAAUGAAAAAUGCUGUAAAUAUCAAUGAAACCCACAACGGGCAUUAAGUCAAUGAAAUUUAAACAGUUGAAAUGGUUAAAAAUGCAAAGAAAUCAGAUGAAAAUCCAAAAUAUCACCAUUUUGUUGUAUAUUUUCAAAUAUCUACCAUAUCAUUUAUUAAUUGUUGGAUGAUUCUAAAAUAUUUUACUUCAUGUUGGUGUUUUUAUACAUUUACAUGCCUCAAUUUAACAAUGUAUAUAGAAUUCUUUCUCAAUUUUAUAGAAAUAUUUCUGUUUUCACAACGAAAUAUCAGCUCAACAACUAAUUUGAAUGGUUUAUUUAUUAUUUUCUAUUGAUUUUUAAUUAUUUUCAACAUUUUAAAUUCAAUACACAACCAAAUAAAAAAUAAACACAUA